CGGAGAAAACCCCCCCACACACACACAGAGCAAACAUGCAAACUCUUAAUACAAAAACCUUGUUCCAACCGAGGCUUGAACCCAGGCCGUCUUGCAGCAAAGGCAAGAGCAAUAACCACUACACUAACCGUGUGGCCCUCUAUUUACGUAUGUAUGAAUAUGUGACUCAUGAACACAACAAAGCCCCAGAACAGAAGUAAAACAGCAAAAAAAAAACAAAAAAAAAACACCUGUUCUCAGGAGCUGACAUGCACAGGUGGAGUUGCUCAGCUUGAUUGCUGCACUUGUAAAGAAACAACAACAACCUGACAAUGUGACAAAAAAGUAGCUGAGAAAAUCCUGCUGGUUUCACACACAUUUCAUCUGUUUAACAUAUAGAAAAUCUGUAUUUGUGUGACAACAAAAGUCCCUCAUAAAAUCAGCUGUUUCAACCUUAUUACAACUUCUACCACAGUUUGGUUGAUUGUGGCACCAAACAAAGACCACAGGUGUUUUCAAUUAGGAUCGUUUUGAACAGCCAAUCAGGAGAAAGCAAGGUUCCAAUGUAUAAAAGCUGCAGCUGUGAGACCAGCCUGUGUAUCUCAUUGUUGCACUUGUCAUUCUCUGUGCGUGCGAGCACGAGUGUAUGUGCUUACCUUAAGAAAUCAUGCCAUCCGCUGGUCUCCAGAUCCUUGGCACCUUCCUGGCAUCCAUUGGCUUUUUGGGAGACAUCAUCAUCUGUGCCCUACCCAUGUGGAAGGUAUCUGCUUUCAUUGGGAACAACAUUGUGACCGCGCAGAUCUUCUGGGAGGGCCUGUGGAUGAACUGCGUCAAGCAGAGCACUGGCCAGAUGCAGUGCAAAGUCUACGACUCCAUGCUGGCUCUGCCCCGAGACCUGCAGGCAGCUCGGGCCCUGGUCGUGAUCUCCAUCCUGGUCGUGUUGAUGGGAGUCCUGCUUGCCCUCGCAGGGGGAAAGUGCACCAACUGCAUUGAAGACGGCGCCGCCAAGAGCAGGGUAGCCAUUGCUGCGGGAGUGUUCUUCAUCGUCGGUGGCAUCCUGUGCUUAAUCCCCGUGUCUUGGUCGGCCAAUGAGGUCAUCAGGAACUUCUACAACCCCAUCAUGAACGACGCGCAGAGGAGGGAGCUGGGAGCGUCGCUGUUCAUCGGCUGGGGUUCGGCAGGACUCCUGAUAAUCGGUGGUGCUCUUCUCUGUUGCCAGUGCCAGCAGCAAAAGGACAGCAGAUACUCCGUGAAAUACUCUGCCCCUCGUUCAACAGCCAGUGCAGGAGCCUAUAUUCAUGCCUUGGAUUUGUCCUUUUGCAACAUGCAGACUCAGCUUGUUGCUGUGUUUUUGGCUGUCGUUGGCUUUCUUGGCACCAUCCUCAUCUGUGCUCUGCCCAUGUGGAAGGUGACUGCCUUCGUUGGGGCCAACAUCGUCACUGCUCAGGUCUUCUGGGAAGGUUUGUGGAUGAACUGUGUGAUCCAGAGUACAGGACAUUUGCAGUGUAAGGCCUACGACUCCCUCCUGGCUUUACCACAGGAGCUGCAAGCCUCCAGGGCUUUGAUCUGCGUCUCAAUUGCUGUCAGCGUGGUGGCCAUCGGGCUCACUGUCGUCGGGGCCCGCUGCACCAACUUCUUCUAUUACGACUCCAGGGCCAAAUCCAAUAUUGGGGUGUCUGGUGGUGCGGUUUUCAUCGUAGCUGGACUGCUGUGCAUCAUUCCUGUCAGCUGGUCAGCUCACAGCAUCAUCACAGGAUUCUACAACCCACUGGCCACCAAUGAAAGGAGGGGAGAGCUUGGAGCCUCCAUAUAUGUGGGCUGGGCAUCUGGAGCUCUGCUUGUAAUUGGAGGAGGGAUACUGUGCAGCACCUACAGGUGCUGAGGCAGGGAAGAUGUAAACAAUGCUGCCAUCCAUGUCAUCAAUGAUGAAAAGCUGAAUGAGGGCAGUGAUGUGUUCACUGUGAAUGACAUUGUAGUUGCACUAGGACUGUCUAAAUGUAUAGCACACUAAACAUGAAGGAUGAAUUGAAAUCGUGUAUCUUAUAAGAGAGCUUAUGUGAGGUGUUAGUAUGAAGCAUGAAUGAAUACAUAGAGUAUGGCCAAAUCUAUUUUGUAUCUCUGAAUCAUUUUGUAUAUUUGUAUUUUUUUUUAACUUAACUAAGUAAAGUAUGUUUUGUAUUUUUGAAGACUAUAAAAAUACCAUCUGUAUAAAAGCAUAAAGCUAAAGUAGAUGUGAUUCUGUUUUAUUUGAAUACAAACCUACAAAUACAAGAAACUUCCCAAUGGAAAUUCUAUAUUUUAUUGUGAAUUUUAACAUUUGUUGAUUCGGUUUUAGGCUGCUGUUGUGUAAUUGUACUGAACAUGUUAAGAGACAGCAAACUGAUAGGCAGCAGUACAUCACUGGUCAGCACGCAGCUCUGCCACGUGACAUCAAUAUUUAUAUCUUUUAUGACCCUGCAUUAAAAGGGAAGGAAGAAGCAGCAAAGCAUGCAGGGUCUUCCUUAUAUGAAGAGGAUCUAUAACGUUCUGAAGAUUUGUGUCAGGAAUGAACUCACUUGCAAAAUGCAACGCCGUAAUAUAUUACUUGUAAUACAGUUUGGUAAAACAUAAUUUAAAAAAAAUGAACCCUUCAAUGUUUGUGCGCAGCACAUUAAAGCUUUAAUGACUGGGAUUAGAUUUUUUUUGAGGAGACAUAAUUACACAAAGUUUCCCAAUGGUUUCACUUCAAUGUAGUCUGUAAUCUUUUUCAUAUUAAACCAUUUACACAUCCGCUGUUACAGUUCUUUUAAGUUUAACAUUUACUCUUUAUAAUUUGCCUCGUCUCGCUGUUGUUCUUGUAAUGCUGAUUAAUAAAUGCCUUCAAUCUAUGCAGCAUGUAAAUAAAGUUCCAAACAGAUUUCUGAAUGAG